GUGGACGGUGACAGGCCGGAGGAGGCCAGGCUGAUAGAGAUUGAUGAAUCCCAGCGCAGCGAGCACACAGUCUUCAUCACACCUCCAGAGCUGCCUCCUCUGCCCGACGGGGAGGAGUAUCCUCUCUGCUACAGAUACGACGGUUUCCCAGUGUUGAGCCUUGACCUGUUUGACCCCAUGGAGGGCCUGCGGACCCCCUCCUCCCGCCUCGCUGCCAGGCAAAGCUGUCCCACCAGCCCCGCCCCCAUGUUUAGACGCACCAAGCAGGAGAUCAAAUCAGCCCAGAAGAUAGCCAAGAAAUAUUCAUCCAUCCCCCAGAUGUGGUCCAAGUGUCUGCUGCGUCACUGCUACGGCCUGUGGUUCAUCUGCCUGCCGGCAUACGUGAAGGUGUGCCACUCCAAGGUGCGGGCGCUCCGCACCGCUUACGACGUCCUCAGGAAGAUGCAGGCCAAGAAACUGCAGCCCCCUGAUGAGGUUUGUUACCGGGUGCUGAUGCAGCUGUGUGGACAGUACGGACAACCUGUGCUGGCAGUCAGGGUCCUGUUUGAGAUGAAGAAGGCUGGAGUCCACCCCAACGCCAUCACUUACGGCUACUACAACAAGGCGGUGUUGGAGAGUACGUGGCCCUCGAGCACCAGAGGAGGAUACUUUCUGUGGAUGAAGCUGAGAAAUGUCGUCCUGGGCGUGGCACAGUUCAAACGGGCGCUCCGACGACACGCCCCCCUCGCUCAGAGCCCGCUCUCAGAUGGCAGCGACCUGGACGCUGUGAGUCACGGCAGCCUGGAUAGCUCUGCCGACACUAACCUGGCCGAGCAGGGCCCUGACUCCGCCAAAGUUUACCCCACUGACGAUAGAUCUAGCACAGGUGAUCAGUCAGACCUGGGUUAUAACUCGCUGUCGAAGGAGGAGGUUCGGAGGGGAGACCCCGGCGCUCCAGACUCGGCCCCCGACAAAGAAGACAAGAAGGAGAGCGACUGCAGCUCCCUAUCCGAGACGGAGAGCAGCAAGGGAAGCAAAGACUGCCUCCCCCAGCUGGAGGCGGAAGUCCAAUCCUCCUUCAAGACCAGAGGGAUCGUCCGCAGCAGUUGUGCUUUUGACGAUUCAUCGUGUAAACCCAAGAGCUCGGCCAGCGCAGGCCAUGUUGCAGGUCUCCUCUUCACUUCCUCCCUGGAUGAGAUCGGUGAGAUCAAGUCCAACAGUUUGCUCAGGAGGCAUAAGAGCGCUCUGGAGGAGGUGGUUGGCAGAUCCGGCGGUGGCUCCGCUCUCGACUGGCAGGGCGUGAGGGGCCGCCGGCUGAGCGGUGACACGGUUGGCAGCAAUGGCAGCGGCACAACUGUCCUCGGCCUGGGUAUGUGCCAGGGUGAAACCGACCCUGAAAAGAUCGCAGGACAUCUGGGGGCGGAUGUCAAAAUUCUCUCUGGUGCAAACUUCAGUAAGAAUACGAAGCCUCGACCGCUGGUUUCGGGGAGGCAGGAGGGGGCUGCUGGUGUUGCCAGGUGUCAUGACGACAUGGAGGAGGAAGAGGAGACGGAGGGAUUGGACUCCAGUGAUGAAGACAGAAGUAAUACAGAAGCCAUUUUUGAUUUUGAAGAUCUGGAUUUGGACAACCCCUCAACAAGAGGAGACAUCAGAUCUAAAAAAUCUCAUAAAAAGCCCGUUGGACGAAGCGCCAGCUACGGAGGUGUGAGCGCCGAGGCAUCCAGAGUGGCCGUCAAACGCACAGACAUCGAGAAGGGCUAUGACCCUUUGUCCCUGCUGGCAGCAGAGUCCCAUUCCGAGCAGCAAAACGAGGAUCAGGACCCAGAGGGGGACGAGGCCAGCACGCCGAGCGCCCGACGACACCUCGCCAGGGAGAUCGAGCUGUACAUGAACCACAUGGGCAGCCCGCUGAGCAGCCGCACACCCAGUCUAGACCUACAGGACCCUUCCAGCCCCCUCCUCCUUCACCCUGCAUCCCUCUCUGCCCCCCGCAGAGCCAGCCUGCCGCACAGCUCCCCCCUCAGGGCCGCUGGAGUCCCGCGCUCCCGCACCUUCCACCCGCCCUCGCCCUCGGAAACCAUCACUCAUCAACGUCUGUGGUCGUCACCUCCACGUCGCAGCUCCAGCACCACCCCGAGCCCCAGUCCUCGACCCAGCCCGUACAGGGAGAGGACGGACAGGAUGAGCCUGGCCUCACCUUCACCCUCCUCCUCCUCCUUCGCUCUGGACACUUUGCUCACACCGACGCUCGAUGUGUUCAAGACCAGUGUGGUCUCUGCAGGGAAGGGCGUGGCAGAGAAGGCAAGCCGCUGGUAUUCCCGCCUUGCAACGUACACCACACCCACCAAGGAGGGUUUCAGUGAUAGAAUGAGCGUGUCCUCUCUUGGUAUUGGAGAUCCAGACUGCUCGUCCAUGAUGGAUGAGGAAGACUGUGGGGAGUCAGGCAGCUCUGUAGUCUCUCCUCAGAGGAACGGCCCGAUGGGACCUCGCAAGAGCCCCCGACGCAGCCCCCUCCGCAGCAGACUGGACGGCCCCAGCCUGGGUAGACCCACAUCUCUGCUCCCUGGAUCUGUCCUCUCGCCUCCUGGCUUCCCUAUGCCGGAUAAGUCGGACCUCGGCUCUUCACGCUACACCAGCAACACCAGCAUCUUCAACAACUACGCCAUGGAGCUGCUGAUCUCCAGCUGUUCUCGCUGUAAGACGUGUGACUGUCUGGUGUACGACGAGGAGAUCAUGGCGGGCUGGACGGCCGACGACUCCAACCUGAACACCACCUGCCCCUUCUGUGGAAACCCCUUCCUGCCGUUCCUCAACGUGGAGAUCAGGGACAUGCGAGGACCCGGCAGGCUUUUCCUGAAGGGCAGCCCGUCGGUGGAUGAAGCGAUGACCUCAUCGUACUCGGCCUCCACAGGUCUGGACACGGGGACGUCCAACUUGUCCACCCCCUGUCCCACAACCGCCGUCUCCCCUCCCUCACCUACGAUCGCUGUCCAGGCGUGCUCAGGCACUGGAAGAAUUCAAUCAACCAGAGGUAUCAACAUCCCCACAGACCGCCGCCCCGGGGCGCUGUCCCCUGGAGGACCCAUGGCUCGCAGUGUGAGCGCCUUUGAGCCUAUGGAGGAAACGUCUCUUCCCAGGCGCUGUGUGCCGACAUCAGGCAGCCUGCCGAGCCGUCUCAAUGAAACCCCGGACCCUCUGAGUAUGGAGUGGCGGCUCCACAACCCCGAGCCGGUGACGGUUCCCUACCUGAGCCCUCUGGUUCUGUGGAAGGAGCUGGAGAGUCUGCUGGAGAACGAGGGCGACCCCGUGAUCACGGAGGCCGACAUGGUGGAUCAUCACCCCAUCAUCUACUGGAACCUGGUCUGGUACUUCAGGCGGCUGGACCUGCCCAGUAACCUGCCCGGUCUGAUCCUCACCUCUGAUCACUGCAACAUAGACUCCCAGGUCCCUCGUCACUGGAUGUCCGAGGACAGUAAACACGUCCUGAUCCAGAUUCUGUGGGACAACCUGAAGCUGCACCAGGAAGCGAUCCAGCCUCUCUACAUCCUGUGGAACACCUUCAGGCUUAAUUGUUCUCUGUUGUUAGACAAUGUGGGUUACCCUCUGUCCCGGCCGGUCGUGGAGGAGGAGAAGCCGUUCAGCGAGGAGUUGCUGCACAGCGUGGUGAGGAGCAUCCAGAGGAACGACAUCAGCCGGCCAAUGGCUCAGCUGCUGCAGCUGCUGGGACAGACGCUCGGAGUCAAGAGGCAGAGGAGUUUGUAUCGGGACGUUCUCUUCCUGUCUCUCGUGGCUCUUGGAAAAGACAACAUUGAUAUCGACGCCUUCGACCGCGAGUACAAGUUGGCCUACGACCGCCUUGUACCGAGUCUGGUGAAGCUGACCCACAACUGUGACCGUCCUCCCAGCACGGGGGUGAUGGAGUGCCGCAGGACGUUUGGAGAGCCUUACCUGUAAAAUUCACACACACACACACACACACACACACACACACACACACACACACAC